AUGACAAAGGUAAUGGUAAUGAUAAUACAAUAUUAUAUUUACGAUAAUUACAACAAUAAGAUUAAUGGGCAUAGUUGUGGUUAUGGUUCUGGUAAUGGCAAUAUUAAGUGCAAUGAUAAUGGUAAUGUAAACAUUGAUAGUAAUUGUAAUGAUGGUGGUAAUGGUAAUGAUAAUGGCAGUGGUAAUGGUUAUGGUAAUGGUAAUAGCAAUGCUAAUGCUAACGGAAAUAUUGGUAGUAAUGACAGUAUUGAUUUUAAUUGUAAUUUUAAUAGUAAUGGUAGUGGUAAUAGUAAUGAUAACGGUUAUGGUAACGAAAAUAUUUUUCGUAAUGGUAAUGUCAGUAUUGAUUUCAUUGUACUUAUAAUGGUUAAGGCAAUGCUAAUGGUUUCGGUAUAA